UUCAACACACACACAUGCAUUCCAUAUUCGUGUUUUCUUCUAAUACGCCACGUCCUCAAAAUAAUUUCAAAUAAAUUUUUAGUCGAGGUGACAACGGCCCUCUUAUUUCGUCAUCUUCUCAUUCAAGUAGAAAUCUUUGAACAAUUCAUAACACAAAAGCAUAUAUGAAGUAAAAAGCAAAAACAAAAAAAAUCUCAAAUUGAUUAUUUUUCGCCUGUUAAAAAAAAAAAUAUAAUAUAAUACCUUUUAUUUAAAUGGACACAUACAUAUACUUUUAACUGAAGUAUAUAUAUAUAUACAAAGAAAGGUCCAAUAUACAUAUGAGUUUAUUGCAACAAAAAAACGUCCAUGAAUCCAUAUGUAUAUGUUAUAAGAACAAAAAAAAUAGGAAAAGUUAAAAAUCUGCGAAAAAUAUAGACAAUACCUAGUAUAUACGUAUAUAUGCGAGUACAUGUUCUUUUCGGGAAAUAUAUUAUGUAUAAAAUAUAUAUAUGUAUAUGUAAAUGUUAUGCCGUGAAAUUCAAUGAUGCAGCAGAAACAGAAAAUGAAAUCCGUUGAUAUUGAUAUGAUGGGAGAUCAUAUUUUAUGUUUUAAAGUUAGAAAGUGCGAUAAUCUAGAAAAAAUGAAAAAGAAACCGAACAUAUAAUGCGACUCAAUACAUUUUAAAAUCAAAAGAAGAAGAAGAAAAAAAGAAAUCAAAGAAAUAUAUACCAUCCAUAAAUACAAGAAAUUAUAAAUUCUAAAGACAAGAAAAAAACAAAACAAAUAAUAACAAUGUCCGAAGAUCAAGCAGCAGCACCACCAGCUGCAGAAGCAGCAAUAGAAAUAGCAGUUACAGAGGAAUCAGAAGAAAAAAAUAACAGUAUUAUAAUAACUGAAGACGAGGUAGAAGUAAUUAAGUCUGAAAAUGCAAUUGCACCAAAAUCUGCAGCACAAGAUGAUGUCGAUGAUGAUUUGGAAGAUGGUGAAAUUGAUGACGACGAUGACAAUGAUGAACCAAUUGUUGUUAUGGAUUCAAAAAUUAUUGGAGCCACCCCACCCGCAGCUCCAAUACCAAUUGUUACAAAUAAAGUGCAGCCACAAGCGUUGCCUGCUAAAAAUAUGAUGAUGAUGGACAUGAUAAAUGACAAAAAAUCUAAAACCAAACCAAGCAAACAUGAAAUUGUCGAUGUAGAUGACUUUGCUGGUACAAUUGAAAGCGCCAUAGCAGCAGCUUUAAAGAAAGAUGGUAUAAAUCCACCAAUGCCAAAAAUCUUAGAAUCCCGUGAGGAAAGCGACAAAAAAGGUGACAAAGAAUCAGCAUUAUCGAAAAGUAGUCGAAGGAGAAAACGAAGGAAGCUCCGUGAUGAUCGAGAAAAGGAUAAAGAUAAGAAGAAACAUCGAGGUUCAUCACCUGAUACUACCAAGGCAGCAGCUUUGGCGGCUGCGGCUGCAGCAGCUAUUGAAGACGAACUCCUUGAUGACGAUGAAAUGCUUUGCGUUCGUGGCGGUAGUCCCCCACCAGCCGGAUUAUUACCAAUUCUUCCACCGAUGGAUCCAAGUGCAUCCAAAAAGGAUCUCUAUGAUUCUGAUGAUUCGUAUACGUCAUACGAUAGUUAUGAUUCAGCUCCCAACUACCAACGAUACUCUUCGUCGCGAAAAAAGGAUUCCAAUGCAGGCGGGUCGUCAAGCUCGCGAUCAUCAAAACGCAAAGAACGUAACCGAAGAGAUGAUGAGCGCCGUUCAGAGAAGAGAAGUCGACGAAACUAUGAUGAAUCUGGUGGAGAAGAUAAAUAUCAGGAUCGCCAUCCGCAACAACCACGCAAGCUAGAACUGUGUAAGUUCUAUUUAAUGGAAUGUUGUGCCAAGAAAGAUAAAUGUUCGUACAUGCAUUCGGAUUUUCCUUGCAAAUAUUACUACCUUGGUAUGGAGUGUGUAUACAGGGCAGCAUGUAAAUUUUCACAUGGCAAGCCGCUAUCUGAUCAAUUGCGAAAUGUUCUUCUCAAACAUCUUGAGACCGCUCCCAAAGAGAUUCUUGGAACAUUUCGCAGAAUAAGUCGUGAAAAUGCACUCAAUCUAAUGAUGGCAACACAUGAUAAAAUUUGCCAAGAACAUGGUGUUGAAAAUACUAUGACACCACCAACCGCAACUACACAAUCGGUUGUACAGUCACAAGCAGGAAUGAGAAACAAUGAUCACACACAACAGCAACAACAAGAACAAAAACAACAACAACAACAACAAAAUCAACGCCAACAGAGCCAGCAGCAGCAACCACAACAACAGCAGCAACAAUCUGAAGUCAUUCCAUCACUGCUUGAUAUGGUUAUCAAAGGACCAAGUGGUGAUCCCCAAGCAACAACUUCAAUUGCUGCCUCACUAGGAGCUGCAUUGAAUCUAAAUAAGACAGAAAAACAGCGAAAAUCACGUUGGUGUGAUUCAGCUUCAGUUUCAGCUAAUUCAGUUGCUUCCACUGCUGCUGCUAUUCUUAAACAGACAAAUCUUGAGCCACCGUCAUCCAGUGCACCUAGUUAUUUAGAUUUGAAAAAUCUUACAGGAAUCCUAUCACCUGACCGCAUUGAAAAACUUUCAAAAUUCGGUGUCGUCAAUUUAGAACAAAUUAAUCAGCUAACUUUGAGUCAGCUAAAUAACAUUGGGCUAACUAUAAAUGAAAUAAGUGAAAUCCAGCUUAAUGCCAGAAACAUGGCUAGGCUUGGUGUUGGUGGGGUGGGAAUGCAUGGAGAUGUUGGGCCAAAUAAUACAAAUACACCAGCAUCAGGUGCACUACCACCAAGUCAAGAUGUUGAUAUGCGUUUUCUCCCUAGUUGUUUGCCAUUAACAACCACAACAAUAACAACGUCAACAGUAACUUCAGAUAAAUCAAUGACCGAUAUUGGAUUGUCCUCACCGGAUCCACCACAAUCCAAAUCUAGACUAUCUCCUCCACCACUUCCUUCUACUCAAUCGGGAACAAAUUCUUCUUCAGAUACACAUUUAGGAACAAGUAAUAUCAGUGGCAUAGAUUAUUCUCAAUAUUUGAGAGAUUCAAAUUUGGGUUAUGAUAAAAAUGAUAUGUUGGACGAUGAAAAAGAUGAAGAACAACUUGUAAUAGACGAUCAAGAUUUAGAGGGAUUGGAUGAUAGUUCACAAACACACGAUCAUGAGAUUAAAAACGGUUCAGAUAAUGAAUCGAAAGGAUCAUAUGGAUAUGGUGUUGCCACAGAUGCAAAUGAUACACGUCUUCCUCCUACAAUUCACAUAUCUGAAAAACUACAAAACAUCCUUAAAGAUCCAAGUAAUGUUUACACAGUGAAUAUGUCGGAUCUUGUUAAAUCGAAGGAAAAUUCAUCCGAUAAAAUCAAUAAUCCAUCCGAUUUAAAACCAAAUUCAAUGCAUUAUCAUGAUAAGAAGGAUGAUCAUGAUAAUGAUAAUGAUGAUUUGGAUAAUUUCUAUGGUAAAAAAAUGAAAUCUAAAAGCCGAGAUUGGCGCGAUACAGAUUCACGUGACGAUUAUCGAGAUGCAAAGCAUAGAGAAACAACACGCGAUGAAUAUCGUGAUCCAAGGCAGCAACAUCAUCAUCAUCCUCAUCAUCAUCCACCAGAACCUAAAGAUGAGUAUCGCGAUCCAAGAUUAAUGACCUCGUCUAGAACAUCAUCGACAUCAGCUGAUAUAAAUAAAGGAAGGAAAUCAUCAUAUGCAUAUAAGUCAACAGUUCGAAGUGAUGAUGAUAGUGAUCGUGAUCGUUCAGAUUCACGGUCACGUUCACGAUCACCACGAUCUCGUUCUCCAACACCACAAUCACAUCAUCAUACUAAUAAGGCAGAACGUUUUCAACCGCUCUAUGAACGCCCAAGCAUGUACGAUUGGACACCAAAAUGUUUGCAAGAAGAUCAAGAUUAUAGCAGAAGAAAUACAAAGGCUGAUAAGGAUAUGAGACUGUCGGGAUUUCUUGAUAGUUCGAAUAGUGAUAUAGAUUUAAGGCUACCAUUUCAACCAGUUAAGAAUAUACAAAUUGCUAAAGAGAUUGAUGGCUCAAUGUCCACACUUAUGCCAAUAACAUAUAAAGUGUAUGAACUUGAUGUUCCAGAUCCAAAAUAUAGUGAUUUGCGACAGAGUUUUCAAUCAGAAGAUACAGCCGAUCCAAGACUACGACGUAUACUCGGUUUGCCAGAGUUGUCAAAUUCAAAGGCAUUAGCAGGAUUAGGACGGCCCAGUCGUCCAACUAUUGCAUCACCAUCUAGCGUCGAAUCUUCGUCAUCGCCGACACGAAGCGAAAGGGAAAAGGAAAGAGAAAGAAUAUCGGCUCCCGUCCCAACAGCAACACGCGGUCCUCGAAUCGAUCCACGACGUGCAGCCGCUGCAGCAGCAUCAGCAGCUACAGCAACCAAUGUUUCUUAUCAAGCACAAGUUCCUCAACUACCAGCUGGAAAUCCACAGCAAAAUAUCGAAAUACGGUUGUUACUUCAAAAAUCCGAUUGGUACAAGAAUUUGAACUCAAAAGCCAAGAUAAUGGUGAAUCAACAAUUGGCAUUGGUUUCAACCGAAUUAAAGAGAUACCAUCAAGAUCCGUCGGCAAACAAAGUCUUUGACAUACAAUUUAUUGUCAAUAAUCAAAGUCUUCAGGAGAUUCUUACAUGUCUGGGAAUUUAUAUUGACGAUAAUGGACAAGUAGCACAUGUUGAGAAUGAUAAUGAUAAUAUGAUGAUGGGUGGUGGUGGUAUGGGUAUGGGACCCGGCAUGGAUUAUGGAAGUGCUGCAAAUCAAAUGAUGAUGAUGAAUGAUUCAAAUUUAAAUGUGCAGCAAAGAAUGGCAAUGCAAAAUCAAAUGGAAUUUCUGCGUGGCCCUCCUCCUAAUAUGAAUAAUAUGAUGGGACCAAUGGGUCCAGGAGGAGGUGGUCCUGGAGGACAAGGUAUGUAUGGUGGGCCAGGAAAUAUGAUGCCUCCCUACGGCCGAAACCCAAGAAUGGGUAUGGGAAUACCACCUGGUAAUGGCGGUGUGGGUGGGGGUGGGGGUGGCACUGGUGGAGUUGGGUUCAAUCCAUUUGCAGGAAAUCCCGGUGAUAAUAAUGGUAGUGGAGGUGGUGGAUUAAUGGACCCCAAUUAUUGUGGUCCCAAUAAUCCAUAUUCAAAUAAUUUUGUUCCAAAUGGGGGAAAUUUUGGUAAUCAACAAAUGAAUCGUGGUAAUAAUAGAAAUCAGAACCGUCAAGGUGGUGGAGGCAUGAUGAUGAACAAUGGAAACAAUCGAAACCAGAAUAGUCAAAAUAGAAGAAUGUUUGAUAAAAAUCGACGCGGUGGUGGAGGUAAUAGAGUUGGUGGCAUGGGAAAAUCUAAUUCUUUAGGAGGUGCUGAUCCUCAUGUCCCAACGCUCGAAAUCAAUACAAAUACUACCGGCGUCAAUCAAAGUGCUAAUGCCGCCGAUGAUGUUGAGGAAUCAUGGGAUGAUUAAUCUAAUUGUAAUGCAAAUCCACUAAACUAAUCGUUUUACAUAAAUUUUAAUCCAAUAAUUGUGAAUACAAAAAAUAAAUAAUUGUAAUAAGUGUGUUUAAGCAAACAUUUUAAGCAAAACCUUAAAAAACCUAUUUGUUAAAAUAUUUUUAGUUUUAAUUAAUUUAAAAUAUAGGUAUUCUUCUCAUUAUUAGAUUAUAAACUUAGUAUUUGUUUUUAUAUAUAUAUUUUUUUUUACAAAAUAAUAAAAAAAAAAACAAACAAAAUACAUACAUAUACACAACUAGGUUAUAGAAUUUGCUAUUAAAAUUAACUUUUCGUUUUUAAGAAUAUCCCUUUGUUUUAAGAUGAAAAAAUAAUUAAUAAAAAAAAAAGUUUAACUCAUAUUUAACAUGAAGAUUUAAUUUAAGAUUACGAAUAUAUUUUUUUAUUUGAUAUAGUAAAAUGUAAUUUAAAGUCUUAAAAUAUAAAUGUAGUUAACAAAAAAA